CCAUAAGCAGCACCCUCCACGCGGUGAGACCUGGGUCGGUAUUACUUACGAUAUAUUAAAAUCUAAAUCUAAAUUAUAUAACGCAAGUAUUACCGGGCGAAUGGCUGCAUAUUUCAAUGCGUUUUCAACAAUUUUUUCUUUUUAAUUUUUAACGAAAUACUCAACUGCUAACUUGCUAACUUGUUGCUACAUUACAAUUCACAUUUCGAUGGAUAAAUAAAUUAAAUAUAGUAGAUUCUAAAAUAAUUUCUUAAAGAAACGCAUUGAAAAAUUUUAAUCUCUUUAUUAUUUAUAUUUAUUAAUGAUGAUAUGUACAUAAUUAUUAAUAAACAUUUAGAUACAUUUUAAUAAGAGAAAUUUCUUUUCUCUUUUAUUACAGUCUUAGAUUUGUUUUUUAAUAUUUAAAUAACAGUAAUAAUAUAAAAAAAAAUAGAUUCACCAUUGGUUUAUUGUUGCUAUUAUCUUUUAUCUUACAUGUUAUAUUUGAAAUGUUUCCUAUGUCAUCGGAAUUAAUCUCGAGCUAAUGAUUGCUUAAAUAUACUUUGAUUAUUUGUAUAAAUUUAACUUAAAAAUCAAAAGUAAGAGUCUGUCAGAUGUACUACUAUUUUUACUAUAUACAAAAAUUUCUCACACCUAACUCGAUUAUUAGCUUACGCGUAAAGGAUUAUAACCUAUACAAGCUUAUGCACUGAUGCAAUAGGCUCAUCAAGAGGACAGUAUUAUCCUAUUGUGCUUGUAGUUCGUAUUUUGCCCAUACCUGUCGCUGAAGUCGCAUACGCUACAAGCGAAAAGUGAAGAACAGCCUAAAUUACAAAAUGGCUGUACGUUGUUCUUUGUUAGAAAUCGCGCGAAAAUAUAAAUACGUUGAGCACGUUCGAAAAAGCAUCAAGAAGCGUUCAUUCUUUUUAUUGGACGGAAUGUCUCGCUCAAUGACGUAAGACAAACACAAAGAAGAGAUGACGCAGAGAGAGAAAGAAAAAGAAAGAGAGUGAGAGAAAGAGAGAGAUCAUAAAAUGUGAUGUCAUCACACAUACACAUACACGCGUAGGAUCAAUCUUUUUUGCAUUAUUCGCAUCGUUGACUCUUCGAAUAGAGUUUAGGCAUACACGUGCCGUAGGCAAUGUACGCAUGUAUAUAAUACAUACAAAAGCGAAAGCCUACUAAUAAUUUAUAUAUAUAUGUGUGUGUAUAUAUAUAUAUAUAUACGUGAAAGCAGGCCAAGUCCACAUUUAGGAUGAAGGCUAUUAAGAAAAAUGGGGCAGUCGUGAUACGAAAAGAGGUCUUAAAGCUCGUACUAAUAGAUAGUUGACGUACAGAUAUAUCGUUGGAGAGUGAAACAGGACAGAAAUAGAAUUAAAAAGAAAAAAGGGGGAAUAUAUUAAAUACGACGAGGCAACCUGACAGUCGAUCGGUUUUGGCGGGAGAUUACCCCGGCUUUGGCUAAGACAUGUGCGAUUAUAACGUGCUCGACUGUCACAUGUCACACAUUGGAAAUUAUCGUAUUUGAUAGCACAUAUUUGAUAAAUUGUCCAAUACGAAAAAAAUUAAAUAAUCUAAAAGAUAUUUCUAUGUGUAUGUGUGUGCGUGAUGCAUUUGAUAACAUUGAAUUCAUUGAUCUUUGCUCUUUAUCGGGAAAGAUAGAGAAUAUAGAUAUGAAAUUGAUGAAAAUCUAUUCUAUUAAUGGCGUCGUAAGGUAACGUGGAAUUUUGUGAAAAGCAGGAUUUUCUCUUAAUUUGAUUAUAACGUCAUGAGAAUACUUUUGGAAAAGAGCGUGAAAAUGUGCGAUCAUCAUGAAAAAUGUAUGUAAAUUUGUUAUAAAUAAAGAAUGGUGAGAUUGAAUACGUUAAUAGUCGAACAUAAAUCCGUGGAUCAUCGUAGUUAGCGUAUCAGCUGUUGCGACAACGAUUUUAACGCAUAGUUGUAUUUUUGAUAAAUUCUCAAGACGCAAAACCUCGUAAAUCUUUUUUGUGUGUAUUUCGUUCGUUUCUCAUUAGAAAUCUGCUCUAUUGCUUAUUACCGAUCACCCUAAUAUGGAUGACGCGUGGCGAUCAACGUAUUAAGAUGAAAAAAAAGUAUUCGUGAGGCGUGGUGGAAAUAAUUUUACAUAACGGUGGGGGAUACACGUUUAACAGAAAUAUCGUUCUCCUGGUACCGAAUGAAACUGGUUUGAUCGCUAUUUCUGCACGAGGUGCAGGUGGAGAACAGUGACCUUUCGAAUAGUGUGUCAAGUUCUCAUCGUAUAAAAAAAGAAAUAAAGGAAAAUGUCAAAUGAUGUAUAUACAGAUAUAUGGUACGAUGUUAUUCCACUUCACCAUAGGCCAGAAUUAGUUAAAGAAUGUUGUAAAUUGCUCAAUACAGAAUGGCCAAGAAGUGAAACAGCUCGACUAAAGUCUUUGAAGGUAUCUUGUGACGACUUUCCUACGUGUCUAGUUUUAUUAGAUAGAGAAAGUCGAGUUCUUGGUCAUUGCAAAGUAUCUUUGAUACCUAAAGUACGUCACAGUUGUUACAUUGAAUCAGUCGUAGUUGAUUACAAAUCCAGAGCUCAAGGAUUGGGAUCUAGAUUGUUACGUGGGACGGAAGAAUAUGUGGCAAGGAAAGGUUUCAAAACAGUAUACUUGAUAACAAAAGGUCAAGAACUAUUUUAUAUUAAAAAUGGAUAUACGAUUUGUGACCCCAUCGAAACGUGUGGAUAUAGAAAAUUUCUACCUCCUACUACCAUAGUUGAAGCAAAACAGAAAGAAAAAAAUACACUUUUUUCUGGUCCCCCACCCCCUCCAAUGCCACAAUUAGUAUUUGAAUAUUUUGAUAUAAGAAUGCUAUCUCAAAAAACACACAUGGUUAAAAAAUUAUGAUAAUUACAUUUUACAGAUUUUUUCAAAAUA